UCAGCGUUGCCCGGAACAAUUCAGCCUCCACCAAAAUAUCCACUACCUUAAAUAUUUUCAUUGCUGCUAGCCAUGAAACAGGCUCUACUCGAACUCAUGAGGAUGAGCAGAAUCUGCCGGAUGGUACUCGCCACUUGUUUGGGAUCUUUUAUUUUGGUCAUCUUUUAUUUCCAAAGUAUGUUCCAGCCAGUAAUGCGCAGGAGUCCGUUUGUGGCCGAUGUGUGCUGUCCAAAAGGCUCCCGGAACGCGCUGCAGGAACUCUACAACCCCACGCAGCCGGAGUUGUCCGGAACGGCGUUCCUGCACCAGACGAGGCGGGACCAGGUGGCGGAGACGUGCCGGGCCUACAGCGCCUCCAGCCGAAAGCGGCGCGUGCUGACCCCCGGCGACCUCAAGCACCUGGUGGUGGACGAGGAGCACGAGCUGAUCUACUGCUACGUGCCCAAGGUGGCCUGCACCAACUGGAAGCGGGUGAUGAUGGUGCUGACGGGGCGGGGUAAAUACAGCGACCCCAUGGAGAUCCCGUCCAACGAGGCGCACGUUCCCGCCAACCUCAAGACGCUCAACCAGUACAGCAUCCCCGAGAUCAACCACCGGCUCAAGAGCUUCCUCAAGUUCCUGUUCGUGCGCGAGCCCUUCGAGCGGCUGGUGUCAGCCUACCGCAACAAGUUCACGCUCAAGUACAACAGCUCCUUCCACAAGCGCUUCGGCACCAAGAUCGUGCGGCGCUACCGCAAGAACGCCACGCAGGAGGCGCUGCAGAGCGGCACCGACGUCAAGUUCCAGGAGUUCGCCGAGUACCUGACGGACCCGGCCACCGCGCGGGAGGGACCGCUCAACGAGCACUGGGAGACGGUCCACUCCCUUUGCCACCCCUGCCACAUCCACUACGACCUGGUGGGCAAGUACGAGACCCUGGAGGAGGACGCCAACUACGUCCUGCGGCUGGCCGGGGUGGGCGACUACCUCCGCUUCCCCACCUACGCCAAGUCCACCCGCACCACGGACCAGAUGACGGCCGAGUUCUUCCACAACAUCAGCUCACAGCAGCAGAGGCAGCUCUACCAGCUGUACAAGCUGGACUUCCUCAUGUUCAACUACUCCACGCCCAGCUACCUGAAGCUGGAAUGAGGAACCUGGGACCUAUUUAAACGCAAAAAAAAAAAAAACAUAGAGAAACGUAUUAAAGUGUUGUCAUUCAGGCAGGGGUUCGGUUGGAGCUGAACUGAACUGGGAUCAGUGGAAAGGCGUGAAAGUGCUGAUUAAGCUGUCCUUAUCCGGGGGAGAUAAGGUCACAUUAAAACAGUUCUAUUGUAAGUGGGGCGGAGGGGGACUGAAGUGUUUUAUAUUACUUGUUGAAAAAGGGAAAUGAAGGUGGAAUAGGGAGCUUCUCCCUGGAGGAGGGGGGUGGUGUAUGGACCUUGUGUGAAUGAGUGACUGAGGGUACAUUUAGUUGUAGUCAGUAGUUAAAUUGAACAGUCCUCGGGGGUGGGAUGACUAAAAUAGCCCCGAUAUCCCCCACACUCUAAACUGGCACUCUCACUGGAAGCAGUGAUGGAGCUUAUGGGCCUUAAGGACAGUGUCCUGUUUACCUUUCUUUCACAGACAAAAGGUCUGUGAACCAGCAGAAAAGGAAUGGGCCCCGAAUAAGCACCUAUUCCCCUCAAUUAAGGAUGUGUCCUGAUAUAUUUCCGGAGCUCUCUUAGAGGUGUCCAGCAUGAUCAAGGGUAGCUCGGCUUGUGUUUGUCUCCUUGGUGUCAAGCACAGACAUGCCAGAAGCUCUGAGCUACAGGAAGGACACACGGGAGGGGUGUGGCUCUGUGACGGACAGGUGUGUUCAGUGAAGACCCCUCCCACUGAUUGGAACAGCGUAAAAUGUCCCCCACAGUGUAGUGUUAAAGACACGCCGUUUCAGGAGCUGUCCAUGUUUGGCUGAGGACUGCCUGAGCAGAUUGUCUGGGUGGACAGACCAAGGGACCGGAACUAGAA